AUGGGGGCGGUGUGGGGCCGAAGAAUCGCCGGCGUGGAAGACAUCGAUAUCCAGGCGAACUCUGCUUACCGCUAUCCACCCAAAUCCGGAAAUUACUUUGCCAGUCACUUCUUCAUGGGUGGAGAGAAGUUUGAGACCCCUCACCCUGAGGGGUACCUGUUUGGAGAGAACAGCGACCUCAACUUUUUAGGGAACCGGCCUGUCCAGUUCCCAUACCUGACCCCGGCCCCUCAUGAACCGGUGAAGACUCUACGCAGUCUGGUGAACAUCCGCAAGGAUUCUCUGCGACUCGUCAGGUACAAAGAAGGUGCGGACAGCCCCCUGGAGGACGGUGGGAAGCCAAAAGUCUUAUACGGUUUGGAGUUCACCUUCGAUGCUGAUGCACGGGUUGCAAUUACAGUUUACUGUCAGGCCAGUGAAGAGUUUGCUGGAGGGAUGGCUGUGUACACUCCCCGCACUACAGCCAUGCAGUCCCAGACGGUUUAUUAUAAGCGAGGACUGACACAGCACUUCUCUCUGCCAGUGUUUAAAAUUGACUUCAAUGAUUGGAAAGAUGAAGAACUGAACUUUGAUCUGGAUAAAGGGGUCAUUCCGCUUGUCAUUCAGGCCGUAGUUGCGGAGGGAGGAGAGGGGUCUGGACACGCUCACGUACUUUUAGCUGCUUUUGAAAAGCAUGUGGAUGGCAGCUACUCUGUGAAGCCUCUGAAGCAGAAGCAGAUUGUGGAUCGAGUCAGUUACCUGUUGCAAGAAAUCUACGGCAUUGAGAACAAGAACAACCAAGAGACCAAGCCCUCAGAAGAUGAAAACGGCGACAAUAGUAAUGAAUGUGUGGUUUGUCUCUCCGAUCUGCGGGACACCCUGAUCCUACCGUGCCGUCACCUGUGUCUAUGUAACUCGUGUGCUGACACCCUGCGCUACCAAGCCAACAACUGCCCCAUCUGCAGGCUGCCUUUCCGUGCUCUUCUACAGAUCCGUGCUGUGCGCCGGAAGCCGGGCCCUCUCCCUCCCAUCUCAUUCAGCCCUGUGCUGGCCCAGAGCCUGGACCAUGAUGACAACUCCGGCGCAGAUAACAUCCCUCCAGGUUUUGAACCCAUCUCCCUGUUGGAGGCACUGAACGGUCUGCGGUCUCCUCCUUCCAGCGCACCGCUCUAUGAAGAAAUACCAUACAGUGAAGGCCUGCCUGCUCGGGGGGCCCCUGACAACUCCCUCCACAAGAACAAGCACAUAAAGACAUCUGACAGUGGUCUGCGAUCACCAUCAUCCCCUAUCCAUGAAGAGGACGAGGACAUGUCUGGAGGGUGUGAUGGCGAGAGGCCAGCCCUGCUUGGAUCGCUCAGUAGAGACCCCUCACACACAGAGACAAUCUCAUCCGCUGACACUCCAGAGAUUGUGUCUGCACAUCGAGGGUCCCGAUCUCAAUCUCAGAUCAGUGAGCAGAUUGAAAGUCCAGAAUCCCAGGAGCUUAAAGAUGAUGAUGCCCAGGAUGUGACAGCGCUGGGCCCUGACUCCUGCUCCAUUGGUAUCGAUGAAUGA